CCACUCUAUUGAGCUUUAUUGUCAUAGAGUAUACAGGUGAAUGUCGCUUAAACUUUCAGCUGAGAAUUUGGCAGCUUAUGAUAAUUAUCAUAUGCCUCAAGAUAAUAAGAAAACAGUAGUGAUAGUGAGACAAUACGAUGAAGAAAGAGACAAGUUGGCUGUGGAAGAGUUGGAGGGACAGUGUGAUUUCGGACAACGAGGGCAGCCAUCGUUGUUCACUGACCUCAUGGGUGACCCCAUUAGUCGUAUUCGCAAUCUCCCCUUACAUGUCAUGCUGGUAGCUGAGUGUGGAGAAGAUAGAGAAAUUGUUGGGAUAGUUAGAGGCUGUAUAAAGACUGUGACUAGAGGAAACAAAGGCUCCACUCCAUGUCCAGUUUAUAUAAAAAUUGCUUAUAUUCUUGGCCUGCGGGUUUCAUCUCAUCACAGGAGGCUUGGCAUUGGAACAAAACUAGUUGAGAAAUUAGAAGAAUGGAGCAGAAACAAUGGAGCAAAAUACGCUUAUAUGGCCACGGACAGCAACAACGAAGCUUCUAUCAAAUUAUUCACAUCCAAAUGCAAUUAUGUAAAAUUUCGCACUCCAUUGGUACUAGUACAGCCAGUUCACGCUCAUUACAAGUCAAUAGCAUCCGACAUUGCCAUCGUUCGAGUUUCACCACAACUCUCCGAGUCAUUCUAUCGACGUAUUUUCGCAAACUCGGAGUUUUUCCCAAAAGACAUAAACCACAUCCUAGACAGCAAGCUUAGUUUUGGUACUUUCAUGGCCGUACCAAAGAAAACCCUCCUAAAUUGGGACCCUAAAAGUGGAUCUUUUCCAUCAACUUUUGCUAUACUAAGUGUGUGGAAUACUAAAGAUGUUUACAAGCUACAAGUGAGAGGCAUAUCACCGCUAAAAUACGCUUGUUGCUUAGGGACUAGGGUUUUGGACUCGUGGAUGCCAUGGCUAAGGGUGCCUUCUAUCCCUAAUAUUUUUAAGACGUUUGGGUUUUAUUUGUUGUAUGGAAUUCACAUGGAAGGCAAAGACGGUCCCAGGCUCAUGAAAUCGCUUUGCAAUUUUGCGUACAACAUGGGGAGAAAUGAUAGAGACUGUCGCUUGUUGGUGUCUGAAGUUGGGCUUGACGAUCCUGUUGGAGAGACAAUCCCGCGAUGGAACAAGUUUUCAUGGGGAGAUUUGUGGUGCAUGAAGAAACUUGAAAUCGGUGAAUCCCCGGAUGACUGGGUGGAGUCUCGAGUUUCUUCUUCAUCAGUCAUUUUCGUUGAUCCGCGUGACUUCUAAUUAGGUUUGCAUGGAGUUUUGGAUAGGCUCAGCAAUUGUAUAUUCCAACCCAAACUAAAAAAGAAAGAUUAAAAGAAAAGAGAGGAAAUGAUUCUAUCCAAUUUUAACCAAUCCAAUGACUCCUCAUGUUUGUGAGUAUAUUUUCUUAUUAGU